AUGGAUGUACUGAAGGACUAUUAUGUCCAAUUAUUAUGUCAAAAUAAAAAUAAAGAUAGAGAUACUAUUAUUAAAGAAAUUAUGAAGUUAGGAGAUAGUAAACAAAUGAUUCCAAUUUUUAUUGAAAGUUUAAUUAAAGAGUUUAACUAUCCUAAAGGAAAUGAUGAUGAAUAUUAUAAUAUUUUAUUACAAUGUAUCUCUUUUAUUUCAAAAGAAUAUUUGGCAUUAGCAUUGUUUUAUUUUCAGAAGUCAGAAUUCAUUACUUCUUUUGGAGAAAUGAUUGAUAAAUUUAUUGUUCUUACAUCUCCAAAAAGAAUAGUAUUAUUAAAUCAACUUAUUGAUAUUGGAAUUAUUGUUUUUUCUUUUGUUGAAAUUCCAUUUAUUCCAAUUCAAAUUAUUCGUGUUAGAUUUGAUUGUAUUGAAGAAACAAAAGUAAUUCUUUUAUUAUUUAAGUCUUUAUUAAAUAAUUUAAAUUCUAAAAUAAUAAAUAAAAUAUGUUUAAAUGAGACAAUGACAAAAGCAUUAGAAUUAACGAUUCAAACAAUGAAUAAUAUUAUAUUAAAUAAAGACGUAUUAAUCAUCAUUGAAACGUAUCUUCAAUUUUUAUGUCUAAGUUGUAAAAGUGAUUCUCGAAUAUUAAAUAUUCACAUUCAUUCAUUAUUUUUUAAUAAAUUAGUAAAAAUAUUAUUAACAUGUACAAAUCAAUUAAUGAAUAAUGAAAAUAGAUAUCUUAAUUCUAUUAUUGCAUCAUUACAACAUUUAUGCUUCUUUGGAAAUGGAAUAGAAUCUUAUCAGUUUCAAAAAAUCAAAAAAAGUAAAGUACCUAAUCCAAUUCGUAAUGUAGAAUUACCUUCAGUUUUAAUGCGUUUACUUGAUUGUCCACCAUUAGUUCUUUCAGUUUUACAAUCAUUGAAAAUAGUUCUUUUUAGUAAUUCACAAAAUUAUACAUUUUUACCUGCCUAUAUGGAAUCUAUUUGUUUAAUGAUUACUUCUUUUAAUAAAGAAGAAAUAGAAUAUGUUUUUCAAAUGUUAGAAUUUCUUUUUAUAACUUUACAAGCAAAUCCUUCAAAUUAUCUUGAAUUAUUAAAACCAUUAAUUAAUUUUAAUACAAUAUCUAAUACCUCUUUAUUAAUUCCAUUAGUUAAUUUUAUUACUUAUUUAGUUGGGUCAAAUAGAGCUACAUUUCAGAAUGUAAUGUCUGUAUUUAUUCCAUUAUUUUUUCAAGUUCUUUUUGAGUCUUUUAAUCAAUAUAAUGAAGAAAAUGAAAUUAUUAAUAGCUUAGUAAAAGUUAUUUGUGUUUUAUUAGCAGGUAAUAAAACUAAUUCUAUAACAUUAAUAAAUGAAAAUAAUAUAAUGGAAUGUCUUAUUAAUGUAUUUAAUGAAAAGUCUCAUUUCAGAAGAGUUAUUACCUUAAUAAUAAAAGAAAUAGUACUAUUAAUUCCUUCUGACCAACUCACUUUAGUUUUAAGUUUUUUAUUUCAAGAUAUUAUUAUAGAUAAUGACCCAUUAAGUAGAUUAAAAUCUUCAAUUGAAAUUAUGGACCAAUCAGUCAUGGCAAGAGAAAUAUAUGGUUUAUCAAAUAAUUUUGAAUUAUUUACUUCUUUUAUUGUAAAGUGGAGGUAUAAUAAAAUUAAUGAAGAUCAUAAAAAUAAAUCUCUUAUCUAUCACCGUUUACUUAUAUUACAAUCAUGCAUUGAUUCAUACAUCAUUGGUAUGAGAGAGUGUUCAGCAAAUAGAGAUAGAUUAAAAGCUUCUAUUUCAAACGAGUUUAUUGAUGACUUUGUCAUUUAUAAUCCAUGGAAACAAUUUGAUUUGUCUAAUAUCAUUGCUAUGACUCUCUCUCUUAUCAUAGAACAACCAGUAAAUAAAUCAUUACCACUACUAACAGAAAAACAUCUUGGAAUCAGUAUUGUUAAUUGUUAUUUACUUCCAAGCUUAUUAAAUGGAAUGAAGUUACUUGAUAAAAAUCAACGAAAUUGUUUAUUUAGUAAUCUCUUAAAUUCACUAAAUAAUGCAUAUUCAUUAUAUGGAACAUAUGUUUAUGAUAUUCUUAGUUUAUUAUUGACUGGAUUUGAAGACUCAUUAGAUGGAGGAAUAUUAACUGAACUAAUCCAAAAGAUUGGUAGAUACGCAAUAAAAAAUAAUGACUGUAAGUAUCUUUUACGUAAAUUGAAACAAGGAACGAACACCUCAAAUCUAAUUUCUCUUCUUAGCUUCAUUUCAACAGGUCCUACUAUUGGUGGACUAACAUUUGACACAUCAGAUAAAGUUGCGUACAUAAAGAAUUAUGUUUGGUUAGAUUCAUUUCCAAUGGUACUUACUGGAUGGUUACAACUUGGUCCUGGGUUUUAUAAGAUUUUAGAAAUUAAAACAAUGUCAAAUUAUGGUGAGUUAACGUUCUUUGUUAAGAAUGGAACAUUAGAUAUUACUUGUAAUACUAUCAAUUGUAUAUCUGUAAAAGUGCCUGUUGGUAUUUGGUUUCAUUUUGCUCUUUGCUGUGAUGAGAUAUCUACAGUGUAUAUUAAUGCAAAGAAAGUUGGAAAAAUUAUUCAAAACAUGGACAUACUACAAGGUAGUUGUUCUAUAUGCUUAGGGCACUGUGGUAGUGUUGUUUCUCCAGGAGUAUUUCGGAUUGGAGAAUGGAUGGUUAUCAAUGGAUUAAAAACAAUGAGUGAAAUUAAAGCAAUGUAUGAAUUAGGACCACAGUACAAAGGGAGAUAUUGUGCGCAUUGUUAUGAUGACUCACGAAGUUUAAGAGGUAUUGGAAAAAUCCCUUUCAUUCAAAUUGAUAGACAAGAUUUAAUUUAUGUUAUGAAUGAUCUUAUCAAUAACGUAUCAAGGACAGAUUUAGAGAUAGAAGGCAGAGUUUGUCCAACAUCACCUUCCCCAUUUGUUGAAUGUAUUUGUAAAUGUGGUGGAAUUUCUGUAUUAUUGUCAAUAAUAGAAAAAUCAACAACGACAGUAGAAUUAUGCGACGCAUUACAAAUACUAUUGUUUUGUUUAAGAGGGUCAUCCGAACUUUAUUCUGAGGCAUUAAAAACAAAUUCAUUUCAAAUUCUUGUUCUAAUAUUAUAUUCAAAACACAACCUCAUAUCACAUGGAGUUUUACAAGUAUUAUUAGCGUUGUCAGGAAUUGGAACAAGUUAUGAAGAUUUUAGUGUAACUCAUCCUGAGAUAUUAACAACACUGGCUCUUGAUUUUAAAAUUGCUAGGUCAUGUCCAAAUGGAAUUGAAUAUAUAUUAAGGAUAUUAAAAUCAGUUUAUGACUUUUCUCCAGUUUCUGCAUCAGAGUCUCUAAGAGGAGGUGGGUUAAUGAGUAAAUUAAUGUACCUUUUUAUUGAUGAAAGUACUGAAAUAUCUGUUUUUCCGUAUGUCACUGAUUUACUUACUUGUAUUCUUUCUAUAAAUUGUAACAAAGAAGAGGUUUCUACUGUCAUGUCAUUUGCUUGUUACUUUCUUCAAGUCUUUGAUAAAAUUGAUUCAGGUACUCACCUUUCAUUUUGUUCAUUUAGAUGUUCACAACUUCUAACAUUACUGGAUCAAAUUGUUUCUGUAAAAGGAGUUUUACCUGGAUUAUCUUCUUAUUUUAUUUAUCAAUUUAUUAAUGUUUCAAAUCCCCCAGAAUCAAUUUUACCACCAUUACUUCAUCUUGCUGCAAAUCUUUCAUUUUUAUCUUCAACGUUUUGUUCUGAAUUUUAUUCAGGAAUAAACCAAUUAUUACAAGUAGUCAGUUUAUUAAUUCUCUCAAAAGAGUCUAUAAAAUCUUUAUUUUCUUUAUUACUUAAAUCAUCACCAAAUGAAUCUCAAAUUAUUACUUCAACAAUUCCAGAUAAAAAACAAUUUCAUUGGUUGUAUUUACAUACUUUAUUUAAAAUGGUUCAUCAUUCUUUACUAUCAAAAACUCAAUCAAUAAAAAUAUAUAAUUCUUGUUUUAUUAUAGAGACUUUAACAAAUAUAUUACGACAAUUCUAUUCUUUGAGAGGAGUAAUUACAGAAGAAGAUAAUAUUUUAUAUUCACUCUUAUCUAUUAUGAAUAAUUCAAACGAGGAAUAUAUUUAUUCAUUAAAUAUAACAAAAGAACAAAAAGGUUUAUGCGGAGAUAUAGUUAAAUUAAUUGGAUAUAUAUGUGCAGCAACAUUAAGAGAUGGUAUGAAUUAUCAAAGAGUAAUAAUUGGAGCAGCACUAAUACAAAAGAAUAAAGAGUUUGUAAAAGAAAUUAUUAAAUCAACAAUCCUUCAUUUAAAAUCACUUCAUUCAACAAUUAAUAUUAACCGUUUAUCAGAGUUAUUUGUUCAAUUUUCAGAGAAUUUAAUAGAUUUGUCAACAGUUUCUGAAAUUGGUAUUUCACUUAAUUUUUGUAUUGAAUCAAUUUUUAUGUUAAUAAAUAUUUACGAACAACAUCCUGAAUUACAAACAAUUGAACAAAAUAAGAUUUGGAUAAAAAUGAUGGACCGUAUGAAUAUAUUAAUGUUUAACUAUUUUGAAGAACAUUCAUUCUUAUUUGUUGCUCAACACUUCCACCAACAAGAUUUCUUUUUAAGACAAAAACAUUCAGAAGAGUUUGUUCCUAUAAUGUUUUGGACUAUUCUCCAAAAAAUACCAAAAGGAACAGUAAACGAUAUAACAAUAUUGUAUUGUGGAGUUCUCAAAAGACUAGUUAUGAAUUGUAUGAGUGAAUUUGAUAAGUUCAUUACACAGAAAGAGUUAAGAGAUCAAAUUAGGUCAAUGCUUCAAAUGAGUACAGAAGAUAUUGUUGAAUUAAUAAAAAAUAAUCAUAAUACCUUCUCUAAACUUUGUGAAAGAAGUGAAAUAAUGUUAAAAGAGUUUAAAGAAGAACAAAAGCAAAGAAAAGAUGAAAUUUCACUUGUUGUAGAAGAAGAACGAAAGAUUAUUGAAAAGUAUCAAAGAACAGAAAGAAAAGAAGGUAAAGAAAAAAAGAAAAAUGAUGAAAAGAAAGCUGUAGUUAUUUCUCAAUACAUUAAAGAUAAAGAAGGUAUUGAAUGUAUGUCUGAUUCAUUAAAGAUGAGUGUUAAAGUAGAGUGGGAAAAAAUGAAACUUAAAUUAAUAAUGCCAAAAGGUAUUUGGGAAGAAAAUGUUGAAGAGUAUAUGAUAGAUGAUACCCAAAGUUCAUUUGGUAUAAGAAGAAGAAUUGUAAGAGAUUAUAGAUUCAAAGAAAGAUAUGAACCCCAAAUUGGUGAGUAUGGUAAAAUAAUCAAAUUACCAAUAAUACAAAAAAAUUGUGAUAUUGAGGUAUUAACAACACCAUUUGGUGAAGAAGAGGAAAUAUAUUAUUGUACUCAACUUUAUGGAUUAGAAGAAGUAGAAAGCCAAAUUAAAAUAGAUGAAAAGAAAUUUAUUCUUAUUAAUUAUAUAAAUACAGAUCAUUGUGACUGGAUUAAAAUUGAUUGGAAUGAUAUU